AUGUUGAAAUGGAGCCACACAUUAGUGUUAUGCUUGAGCAGUCUCAUCAUAAUCUCACACACCAACGCACAAGGGACUGAUCUCGGUGGCGGCAUUGUCACACGAACCAAUGUCAAAUACAUGGCCGACUUGACUUUGGAUGUAAAGGACAUGACGCAGAGCUUUGGCAAUUCCGAUUUGGUCUUGGACAUUUACGACAAUGGACGGAAUGCCCAACAACCGUCUGGUCUCAAAUUCAAGCUAAAGGAAUUGAGCGAUUUGAUGAGUAACAAGGGCAUUACCGAAGCCACUCCCACCUAUCUCUUUCAAUUGUAUGGAUUGGCCGAAGAAUCGACGGAUCUCAACAAGGUUGCCCAACAGUUUAGCUAUGCCAAUAACAAUGUCCGUGUCGCCAUUACCGGUGGCAAGGAUCAUGCCCCACAAGCUACUCUAGUAUUUACAUUGUGGAUGUAUGCGGCGCACGUUCUCUACGAAGGCAUUGAACAGUGCCAAAAAAUGACGGAAGCGGACAAUCCGGAAUUGUUAAAUCUCGGUGGUGGUGGGAUAGACGAAUUCAUUGCCCUCUGGAUUGGAUCUGGCGAGACGCACGCGGGGACGGAUGGAUUUGGAUUGUAUGCCUUGACGCAAAAGGCAGCCUCUCGCUUUGAUGGUGGAUACAUUGGGGGCGAAGCCAUUGCCAACAAUGCCAUUAAACUGUUAUACCACGAAGGGUCUCAAUAUUUGAGUGUCAAUGGAGCCUGUACCAAGGAUGUCUCGGACACUCCCAAACUCUUGUAUUCGGUCGCCAGUCGGAUCAUGUCCAUUAUGUACAUUCCACUCAUUCAAAUGCUGAUUGACUCGAUUUUGUCGCAAGAUGCCGAAAUGACCGUCUUGUAUGCCACGGCCAUUAUUCCACAAGCGACCCAAUGUCGUGUCACUACCUACAAUCGCUUGCGAGAACAUUUGCUCACGGGGAUUCCACGAUUUGACAAGACGGAAAUCAUUUUGAGAGAUAUUCAAGACAUUUAUGCUUGCUUUGGACUAAUGUGCGAGGAUGUUGGGGCCUACAUGAAUAUGCCAGAGGGUAUCAAUUUCCCAUUUUGUACCAUUGCCAAGUCGGAUGCUACCAUGGCGGGGUAUCGACCAACCUCUGAUGUCUUGCCGGUGGCACAAAUUGAUUUGGACAUUGCUCAAAUGAGAAUCUUGACCAAGCUGGGCAAUUUCAAGUAUGCCAAAUACUGGUUCAAGUAUGGACGAAACUCGCCUGUUCAACGGGACAGUGACAAUGACUUGCAUUCGUUCUAUUCCCUUUCCGACCUUUCGGUUGCCUCAUCACGGAAGAAUGCAGAAGACAUUUAUCUGGAUUUUGUGGCCUAUUUCAAUGAUGUGAAUUAUGCACAAGGAAUCAUCAUGGGUGCGUUGGAGGGAACGGGAAAGUGGGGACUCAAGUCGAUUGAACAACGAUCUGCAGUGGCCACGGAAUCGAGUGCCUUUUUGGUCGUAUACCUUCAUAUGAUUGCACAAAUUAAUGAUGCAGUCAACCAAUGCAAGAAUGAGAAAUCGGAGGGAGAGUAUGACUUGACACAUCCCUGGGACGAGGUUGCGGCUCUGGUCAUUGGAUCGCUCGAGGGAAUCCAAGAAGGCGGGGCUACCGAUGGUCGGGAUGGCCAACUUAUUUGGGGUCUCAACACGAGAAGAGGAUUUCAAUUCCAGACUCUAAAUGAUCAAGGAUAUUCCAAAACCAACUCGGAUUUGAUUGAUGCCUUGUGGGCGGGACGAGGGGAAAUUGAUGCCUUGGACUGUGAUCGACUCGAAUCCACGGCGAACAAUAUCAAGAGAUUGACUUUGAUUCCCUUGUUGCAAAGUGUGGUUCGAUAUGCCGUAUUGAACGAGGGCCUGGAAGCCACUUCUACCAGGGAAGAUUUGGCACUAGGAGAGACCUAUGCUCUUGCUGUAUUGCCGAUCAUUGAUGCAGUGGACGAAAAUUCGGGGGAGGUCAUUCGAGAAAACAUGAUUCACAAUGACAACCUCAAGCCAGUCAGUGCGGGGGCACAGGCGGUGGCAGACGCAGUGGGUACUGCGGCAGAAGCACUGGGUAUUAGGUGUAGUCACCUUGGUUCGACGUCACAGGCAGAUCCCUGUCGGAAUAUCGUAUCAUCGUCCUCUGCCAGCAGUCAAAUGUCAUUACUAUUCCCGUCGUCAAUAGGACUAGUGGCCUCGAUCUGGUACAUGUUGCUAUAA